AGAUCGGAUUGAGGCGGAAGAACUGACAGAGAUGUCAAAUUUGUCGUUGUAUUUAAGCAGUAUCAACGUUGUCCUGGGACAAACUAUGGAAACUGAAGAGAGCGUAGGAGGACACGUCAAACCUGCUAUGCUUAGUCCAGGAGGGGCGGCAGACUUUCAGAGUGUGGAGAUGGGAGACUCUGUGGGGAAUCGGGGGAGAGUGAGGGUUCCCCGGAGGACCAUCUACUUUGCCAGCGGAGAGACCAUGGAGGAGUACAGCACUGAUGAAGAAGAGGAGGAGGAGGAUCCCGUGAAGAAGGAUGUCAUCACUGUAGAUCCGGCUAAAUUGACCUGGGCUCCGUAUUUCUGGUUUCAAAUGUGGAGAAUGGCCACUUCCACUGUCUCAGUGUGUGACUACAUGGGAGAGAGACUGGCCUCUCUUUUUGGCAUCACUACUCCAAAGUACCAAUAUGCUAUCGACGAGUACUACCGUAUAAAGAAAGAGGAGGAAGAGGAAGAGGAGGAGAACCGUCUGGCUGAGGACGCGGAGCUUCGGAUUGCAGAGCAGCGGAGGGGCGAGCAGGACGCUCCUCAUCCUGCCACUGUGGAGCAGCCAGAGCCGUCCGGAGCAUCCUUUGUAAACAUUAGCUUUGAUUUCGAACCUGAGCCUCGUCUCAGUGCUCCAGACACCAACAGAGUCCCUUCCCCGCUCCCCUCCUGAAAACUGACACUCACUGACAAACCUCUAACAUUCACACAUUUCUGUCAGGCAAAACUUUCACUUACUUAGCUGUAUAGAUUAAUAAUAUUAUUUUUCUACGUUACUUUAUAGAAAGAUCUUAGUACACAGUGCAGGGAUAAAUUAAAAGGGCUGUGGAAGUGGCUGCACUAGCCUUAUCUGUGAAUGUAAAUUUAUGUACACCAUGCAAAAGUAAUGCAAGGCUGAGACAUGCAAUUUAACUAUAUGUAGACCACAGCAGGACUGCGUUCAACUCACCUUAAGUUGACAUUA